GGGAAUGUACACAGAGCGAGAAUGGCGGCGGCGGCGGAGGAAUUGGAGGUUGUGAGGGUGCGGGUGAAGAAAUGCGAAGGCUUGCUUCCUCCAGUGUUCCGCACGUUUGCCGUCGACCCCCAGAUCACCUCCUUCGAGGUCCUCCAGCACAUCCUCAUACGAGCCUUCGAUUUAAGUAGCAAGAAGAACUUUAUCAUUAGCUAUCUGUCGCCGGAGAAGUCUUCCCAGGAGAUGUACCUGUCCCUACAGUCAGACUGGGACCUGGACGUUGCCUUCAGCAGCCUCUCACAAGCUUACCUGCAACUCAAAGUCGACAUCAAGCCUUCCGAGGACAGCCCACUCCUGGAGGACUGGGACAUCAUCAGCCCCAAGGAUGUGAUCAGCUCCGACCUCCUGACCCCAGAGAAACGGACAUUUGCCGUCUCACCCCUACCCCUCACGCAGUCCAUCAUAUCCCAGGUGGGCCGUACCCUGUCGAAGGUCCAGCAGGUGCUGAGCUGGGCUGGCAGCGAGGAGGCAGCCAAGCCCUUCAAGCCGCCCCUGGGUGACGCCGAGUUCCACACCUACCUCAACCACGAGGGACAGCUGUGUCGCCCUGAGGAGCUUCGCCUGCGGAUCUACCAUGGCGGCGUGGAGCCCGGCCUACGCAAGGUGGUGUGGCGCUACCUGCUGAACGUGUACCCAGAGGGACUGACAGGCCAGCAGCGGCUGGACUACAUGAAGCGUAAGAGCCGGGAGUACGAGCGGCUGAAGGCGGAACGGGGCCGGCGGGCGGGGGCCGAGCAGCUGGAGCAGCUGCAGGCACUGGUGCACAAGGACGUGGCACGCACCGACCGUGGCCACCCCUACUAUGCCGGGCCAGAGGAGGGCCACCCUCACCUAGCCGCCCUGCGCGACCUGCUCACCACCUACGCCGUGGCCCACCCCCGCGUCUCCUACUGCCAGGGCAUGAGCGACCUGGCCUCGCCCUUGCUCGCCGUCAUGGACGACGAGGCCCACGCUUACGUCUGCUUCUGCGGCCUGAUGCGCCGCCUGGAGCCGAACUUCCGGCCGGACGGCGAGGCACUGGCCACCAAAUUCGGCCACCUCCAGCGCCUCCUGCGGCGGGCCGACCCUGCCUUCUAUGCCUACCUGCGUCGGCGGGGCGCCCACGACCUCUUCUUCUGCUACCGCUGGCUCCUGCUCGAGCUGAAGCGCGAGUUCGCCUUCGACGACGCCCUGAGGCUGGCCGAGGUCGCCUGGAGCUCGCUGCCUCCUGAUCCGCCGGUGGGCGAGGUGCCCCUCACCGGUGAGCCGCUGGCGCCGGGGGAGUCGCCACUGGUGGUGAGGCCGACCCGGGGCGGGGGCGGUAGUGGGGCGGGAGGUGGGGGGGGAGGAGGAGGAGGUGGGGAGGAGGGAGGGGAGGGGGACGGCGACGAGGACGACGACGGCCCGCUGCCCCCGCCCCAUCAGCUGGGUGGCGGGCACCCCUUCGUUCUCUUCCUGUGCCUGGCGCUGCUGCUGGAGCACCGCGACCGGAUCGUGGGCGCCCGCAUGGACUACAACGAGCUGGCCAUGCACUUCGACCGGCUGGUGAGGCGCCAGGACCUGAGGCGGGUCACCCAGCGGGCCAGGGCACUCUUCGCCGACUACCUGCAAGGGACCGAGGGCUGGGCGGCCGCUGCCAAGGGAGGACAGCAGGAGGAAGGGUCCCGCUCCUGGUCCCAGAGCCCUACCGGCCAAGGGGCCGAGUCUCCGGCCUCCUGCCCCUGAACUGAGGAUCAGAGGGGAGGGGUGGGCGGUGGGGGCAGAAUCUGUGUCCUGGUGGCAGUGUAAAAUGUGACAUGAGAAAUGUGAAAUGGCAGAGGGUCGUGAGCUUCAACCUUGUGGCGGGGGUCUUAAGUUGGUGAAAAGUGACUUUUUGGCAGGGGGUCACGAACUUUCAAUGGCAUCAGUUGUGAACUGUGACCUUUGGGGGGAUUCAUUAUGACCUUUAAAUGACAGGGGUAUAAUGAAGGGUGAGGGUCAUGAUCUGUGACCUAAAUGCCAUGGGAGUCGUGAACUGAAUCUCCAAAUGGCGAUGUGACCUUUGGGGG